CUUCACAAUGAGCAAGUUAUUUUUUUUCAAAUUUUCAAAAAAUUAAUGUAAAGUCAAUUUUUUUUUUAGUUUUUUAGUUAACAACCAAGAUUUUCGGUUGAGACUCGGUUUAAGCCACGAAAAUUUAAGUUUCUUCUACAUUUUUAAGCACUGGUGGAUAAAAUGGACGGAGAGGGAAAGGACAAUUAUGAUUGCUCCUGUGAUGAGAGCUUUUGGCCGAACAAAGAUGAAGAAGAGAAUCGGCAGAUAAUGUUGGCCCAACCUGAGCUCCUAAUCCAGCGGAAAACGGAUGCCAGUUUGAAGGUCUUCACCACGGUGAUGUUGCACACGUGGCGCCAAAGAAGAAAGGAGGUUCGAGAACUCCAGGAUUUUGUGCAGCGUCUCCAGAUCAGCUCGAUGAAGUCGAAGAGCCAAUUGCACGUCUAUGGCACUUUAAUGAGGGUGGAGCAAAAAAGAAACAGCGAGUUGCAAAUGCAGCUAAAGCAAUAUGCGAUGAGUAUCGACAAGGAGAAAUCCUCCUGCGAAUUGCUCGCCUCUUCGGUGCGAAACCUCACAACCGAGAAACUUCAACUGCAAACGGAUUUGGAAAAACGCAAAAAGGAGAACGAUAAGCUGGAGGAGAUGUCAGGCGAGACCAAGAAGCUGCUCUUCACCGCCCGCUUGGAGCAAUCGCAACUGCAAAAGCAACUGACUGACGAACAGCGAGCCAAUCAAGACCUGCAGCUCGAGAAUGAGCAGCUGCUCAAGGAGGUGGUCCUGGCGGAAAAUAAAGAGGCCAAGUAUAUUCGUCUGAAAAACCAGUAUGACCGAGAGUUGUCCAAGAAGGACGAUCGAAUUCGAGACCUUGGAAAGGACAUUACUAUGUUGGAAGAAAAGCUGCGAAUACUCAAAGAGGGCAAAUAUGGGUUGACUACUCGCAGUAGCAGAAGCAGCUGUUGCCAUCAGUUCUCCGGAUGACUGCAAUGAAACUCCUCCUGGUCGGCGCCACUAAAAAUAGAGCAGAUUGCCCACAUUAUGACGACGAUGAGCAGAAUUUUGGAGCGCACUGUGUGAGCGAGAGCACUUAGGUGGCAAAGCCACAAUAUAAACAACAACUACAGCAACGGUUUCCGCCUGGUCACAAGAGUGGGUGGUUAAGUGGGUGGUUUUUCGUCCGGAUUCCCGCUGGUUACUCCCCAAUGCUGAUAAAGUAUGCCAUGAAUGACUGAACAGAUUGUGGCAAGUGAGAAGGGCGAGGGCGGGGGAAAAGGUGACACCACGCCCAGUUCGUUAACUGGCAGCUUCACUCUUACGGAACGCAGUCAAAUUUAAAUGUGAAGCAGCCUGCAAAUGCAAUAAUAACCAUGUGCACAGAGCAAAAAAAAAUCUAUCUUAAAAAAAAUUAGUUUGAAACAAACUUGUAAUCUCGACAAGAUCAAUCAAAAAGUUGGCAUACAUAUAAGAUAACUAAAAUCUAGAUUUAUGGGCCAACAACAAAAGUAAAAAUUUACCUAUCUUUUAUCUUUUUGAAACAUUUUUCGAAUUUUUUUGAAUGUACGCCUUUUGUAGGCUUUGCACAAUUUUUAUCCCAACGCACAUGCGAACAAUGAGAGCCAAAAAGAGAGAAUAGGAAAUGGAAAAUGGAAAAUGUGAGAAACGGCACAUUUGUGGCCAUCAUGUCAAUGCACGAGCUUGACACUCGCUCUGAAUUUGAAAUGUCGCCUAAAACGACGACAAAAGACACGGCGACCAGAAAAACGUCGAAAACUGCAGGCGGAAAAAUGGGAAAAACCUGUGUGCGUGCUUUUGUUGACGAUGCGGAAAAUUUUAACAUGGAAGCUGGCACAAAAGGACUCAAAUUACGCUCUUAACGAAAUGGGAAUCCACAAAAACUAAAAAGCUUUGCAAUUCGCACUAACAGGAUACGCAGAAAAUCCAGUUAAACUUAAUCCCGCCCGCGGGUGUGACAACAAUGGGUUUGAAUUUUUAAAGGAAU